AUGGCGUGUGCUCGUCCACUGAUAUCCGUGUACUCUGAAAAGGGGGAAACAUCUGGCAAAAAUGUCACUUUGCCUGCUGUGUUCAAGGCUCCCAUUCGGCCAGAUAUCGUGAAUUUUGUUCACACCAACUUGCGCAAAAACAAUAGACAGCCCUAUGCUGUCAGUGAAUUGGCAGGUCAUCAAACCAGUGCUGAGUCCUGGGGUACUGGCAGAGCUGUGGCUCGAAUUCCCAGAGUCCGAGGUGGUGGAACUCAUCGUUCUGGCCAGGGUGCUUUUGGAAAUAUCUGUCGUGGGGGCCGCAUGUUUGCACCAACCAAAACCUGGCGCCGUUGGCACCGCAGAGUAAACACAACACAGAAACGAUAUGCCAUCUGCUCUGCCCUCGCCGCCUCAGCCUUACCAGCGCUGGUCAUGUCUAAAGGUCACCGUAUUGAGGAAGUUCCUGAACUUCCUUUGGUGGUUGAAGAUAAAGUUGAAGGCUACAAGAAAACCAAGGAGGCUGUUUUGCUUCUUAAGAAACUUAAGGCCUAG